GCGAAUUUUUUUUUUAUAGUCAGCUUACACCGCAGAUUUAUUAACUUUUUCUGAAUUAAAGAAUUCAAAAUUAUAUUCAGUUUUAGCUAUUUAGUGUUGUAUAUUAUCAACUAAAGGGGAUAGUUAAAUUGAUUAUACAAAUGAAUAAAGCUCAGUCAAUAUAUAAAAGUGACUAUGGUCCUUAUGGUUGGUCAGAAAAUGAUUAUAAUUCAGUGGGAGAUGACUUUUGCUCUGAAGAAAACAUUGAUCACUGCUUAAGAUAUCUAUCUCAGGAAUUUGGUGCCUUAGGUUAUCCGUCCAUCUACACAAAUUCUUCCUCAUGUCCUUACUCCAUAAACUGUGAUAUUGUAAAUUAUAUAAACAUAACAUAUGAUAUUCUAAGAAAUUGUUCUGAGCAUGCAAAAAAUAAAGAAAUUCUAGAAGAUAGGAAUCGUCGUUUGUCGACUGAUUUAAAUAUAUUGGGCAAAAAAAAUAAUCAUUUGAAAAAUAACUUAGAACAAACAGAAAAGAAACUUGCUUGUGCUUUAGAAAGAGAAAGACAACUGAAGGUGAAAGUUGAGCAAAUCACACAGUCUUUGAAAAUUGAGAAAGAUGAAGUAAUAUUUCAUUGCUAA